AUGGCCCCUGCUCUCCCUGCCGACGCUGCUCCUCCAGAAACCAACCUCCAAACCCUUGACGAUGACGAACAGUACAACUCCGAAGAAGAUUCCGAUUUCGACGUCAACGCGCCUGCUGAGAUAAACGAUGGGGACGAAAGUGCAUCCGAAGCAGAGGUGGACAAUCCGCCGCGCAAACGAAGAAAGCUCACUCCCUCACCGGACGGAGAGCAUGAUGGAGACGAAUAUGUUCUUGAUGGUGCGCUGGAUUCCGGGGACGAGGCUACGAUUCGCAAAGCAAAGGAAAAGAAGGAGAGAAGGCAGAGAAAAGGGAAAAAGGCAGCCGACAAUGAAAUUGAGGACGAUUUCGAGGCUGGCUCGGAGGACGACGAGGGCGGUGGAGGCGGGGGAUUCGUCAGGACACGCGCCAUGAAGAUGAAGAUGCAAGAGGAACGGAAGCCGCUGGCAAAGAUAGACGGUGCCACUGUCGAUGUCGACGCGGUAUGGGCUCAAAUGAACGCACCGGACUUUGGAGCGCAGGCUACAAACUCGAAGAACGAGGAGCAACCCACAGCCGCAGAUGCAGAUAAGGUCAUGUUGGAGGGAGAUAAACGUCCUAGUCCCCGCCCAGGCGAAGAGACGAUAACGAUUAAACGAACCUAUAAAUUUGCAGGAGAUAUCAUAACAGAGGAGAAGGUAGUGCCCAAGGACUCUGCGGAAGCAAAAGUCUACCUGGCAUCCAUAGAGGAGGCCAAACCCAAAGAGUCCCCCAUGGAUGACGACCAGGAAAGUGAACAAGCGCCUACAACCGAUCGUCGUCCGCUCCAAAGACCUCUGCGGCGGUUCUCACGCUUCGACCCAAAUCCACCGGACAUGUACAAACGAAGCUGGGUGAAGACCGCACAAACCUCAGCAACAGCCGGGGACAAGCAAGCUCUGCCCGGAGUAACGCCGACUGUCACAGGACCCAAGCUGAAUACUGUAAUGAAGUCGAAGCUUGAUUGGGCUGCGUAUGUGGAUAAAGCGGGAAUCAAAGACGAGCUGGACGUUCAUAGUCGAGCAAAAGAAGGGUAUAUGGGGCGCAUGGAGUUCUUGGGUCGUGUCGAGGCAAACAGGGAGGAGGAGAGACGAGUUGCCAGACAGAAAGGGUAA